AUGAGCCAUAGCAUACAAAAAAGUCGCAGCCUCACACUGGCGAAUCGCAACGGAAGCCACAACAACAAUAACAGAGGAGGAGGCGGCGAUGUAAACGCUGCUCCCGGCCAUGGUGUGGCCCGUAACAAUAAUAACAAUAACGCAGGAGGCGGUGAGGCUGCAGGAGGAGCUGGCGGCGGCGGCGGUGCUGGCAACGAAUGGAAUCCUGAGGAAAUAGAUCGCUUCAGUUUCGAUGAUUCCAUACGAUUUGAGGAGGACUCACUCUGCAGCUGGUCGUCGGAACCAGAAUCAUUGUGCAACAAUUGGCGCGGCUGGAAGAAGCCCUCCAAUGCUGCCGGUGGCAGUGCUCUACCUUUAGGCGGCAGCCUCAAUUCAGCAAUCGGUCUGCCAGGAAAUGGAUCAUUUGGUAAUACCACAAACAACACAUCCACAGGAACAGUUGGCAAUGCAGUCGGCUCAUGUGGCACAGCCAGCAAUGGUGGGAAUGCCGCAAAUAACAGUUCAUCGACCAAUGGAACAAAUGAAGUCUUUACGUUGGCUGAACUAUCGGCACGAUGUGUUGCCUCUUAUAUACCAUUCGAGCUAGUGGAACAUGUCUAUCCGCCAGUGCCGGAGCAAUUACAAUUGCGCAUAGCGUUUUGGAGUUUUCCCGAUAAUGAAGAAGAUAUUCGCUUAUACUCCUGCCUGGCAAAUAGUUCAGCCGAUGAGUUCAAAUGUGGCGAUCAGUUGUUUCGCAUGCGAGCUGUAAAGGAUCCCCUGCAAAUUGGCUUUCAUCUUUCUGCCACCGUUGUUAAUCAACAGCCUGGCUCCUAUUUUAAUGUGGCAGUCACUUUUGAUCGUCGUCGCAUUUCGUCCUGCAAUUGCACGUGUGCUUCGACAGCUUAUUGGUGCUCCCAUGUGGUGGCAGUUUGUCUUCAUCGCAUACAUUGUCCCCAAGAGGUCUGUUUGCGUGCCCCGGUCUCGGAAUCAUUGACACGCCUACAACGUGAUCAAUUGCAAAAGUUUGCCCAAUAUCUUAUUAGCGAGUUGCCACAACAGAUUCUACCAACUGCCCAGAGAUUGCUGGAUGAGCUUUUAAGUGCCCAGCCAACGGCUAUAAAUACGGUUUGCGGUGCACCAGAUCCUACAGCUGGUGCUUCAAUCAAUGAUCAAACAAGCUGGUAUUUGGAUGAGAAAACUCUGCAUAAUAAUAUCAAAAGGAUUUUAAUCAAAUUUUGUAUGCCAGCGCCAAUUGUGUUUAGUGAUGUAAACUAUCUGACAAAUUCAGCUCCACCCGCUGCCGCCGAAUGGAGCUCAUUGUUGCGUCCUUUGCGUGGACGCGAACCGGAGGGCAUGUGGAAUUUGCUUUCAAUAGUUCGAGAAAUGUAUAGACGAUGCGAUAGAAAUGCUGUACGCUUGCUUGAGAUCAUAACCGAGCAGUGCAUGGCCUGCGACCAAAUACUGAUUUGGUGGUUCCAAACGAAAUUGGCAUUGAUGAUGGGCUCACAUGGACAUAGCGGUGGCAAGCAUUCGAAUACGCAUUCGAACUCAACUGCUUUGCAGCAUGCGUGCAGUUCGCUAUGCGAUGAGAUUGUUGCUCUAUGGCGCUUGGCUGCCUUGAAUCCAGGACUGGCCCCAGACGAACGUGACAUGUUACAUGCCCAAUUUACAGCCUGGCAUCUGAAGAUACUCGACCGGGUGGUAAAGAGUCGCAUGAUGCCAUCCUCGUAUACUAGCAAGCAUCAGCAGAAUUCACGCUCCGAGACCGAACUGUUUAUUGGCUUUAAGCCAGCAAUUGAGGCUUGCUAUUUGGAUUGGGAGGAUUACCCGAUAGCUGGCGUCACCCAUACACAUGACACGAAUCCCAUAUACUAUUCACCCUUCACAUGUUUCAAGCACACUGAUGCCAAGGGCGGUGAGGCGGCUGCCCCUUCGGGUCAACUGAAUGCCACACAAGCCCUGAUGAACAACAAUAAGCACUACAAUUACUUUAGUGCGUCGAAUGAUCAUGGACUGCAUGCUGUCCAUGGUGCAUUUAAGCGAUCCUAUCGCGAUAGAUUCUAUGCAAGCGCAGCGGAAUUGUAUGGAGUUCAUGGAGUACCGCCGAAUGGAGUAGGUGGAGGUGGUUCUGGUGGUGGUGGCGGAGGCGGAGGUGGUGGAGGAGUUGGCGGAGGACAAGGCACCAAUGUAGCGAGCUCUUCGGGUCGUCAAUUUUCCUCAAAUUUGAGUGGCGGCAAUGGAGUGAUUGCUGGAGCAGCAGGUGGAGCCGUUCGAGGAGGAGGAAGCGGCGACAGUGUGGUGAAUGGUGUAAAACAACCCAUGCAUCAGGCUAGCACUUCAACGAAUUCGACAGCAAUGGGCAUUCCAGGAGUAUCAUCAUCAUCGGUGGUUACGCCUAAAACAGUUGGAAGCGGCGUGGAAGUGCCUGGCACUGGGGGAGAUGGCAAUCGAUCUAGUGCCAGCAGUGAAGGCUUCUGUGAAAAUGAUGACUUCGGUGGCGAUACGAGUAGCAGCCAUAACUAUUGCGCUGCUCCAGCCCAGGCUGUGCCUGGCCAGAAAUCUUUAACAGAAUCCGAUUCUCAAAGCAGUUUCGAUGCUGUCUCACAGCAGAGCAAGGAUGACUCAGCCGGCGUUCGCGUCGGUGUGGUUUCAACUGUGGAGCCAGGCUGCUCCACAUCGGACACAUCAUCGGCCUCGUCGGCAUCCUCAUCGGCAUCCACAGCUUCGGGUAGCUCAAACAGUUCUACUUCAUCCAUGCUAAUCACGCCAGAUGCUCCCAGCGGCGGCGGAGUUGGAGGCGGAGUACGCGUAGUGAGUGGUGGAAGCGAUAGUGUUGAAUUGUCCGCCACUCAACAACAGCCGCCUGGACGAAGACUAAGCAAAGACGAAUCAUUUAGCAGUAGUGAUGAAUUCGCCCAAGUUGGUGGUGGAGGAGUGGCAGGAGAAAAUGUAGGAGCCACAGCAGGAGGUGCUGGCGGCAGUGGUGGUGUUGGUGUUGGUGGUAACGGCGGUGGAGAUUUGACACCAGUGCCAAGUACCUCGGCUGCGGCUCGAGCAGCCUUGGCAACCAGCAGUAGUAGCUCAAUACCUUUAUCGACAGCAGCAGAUCAUGGUCAUGGAACAUCUGGAGGAGGAGUGCUAAUGGCAACAGCAUCAUCAGCAACGACAGCCCACAAGACACAGCCAAUAGAGAUACCCAGUUCAUCAUCAUCCGCCACACUGGCAGCAGCACGAGCUUUGGCCGCUGCUGUUGCCGUGGCGAGUGAUAAACCGCAUAUAUUUUCGAAUGUUCGACCCACAGAGGAUGCUUGGGAUAUACUUCUGGCACGAGCCGAGGGCUUGCAUGCUCAUGGCCACGGGCAGGAGGCAUCGAUUUUGGCUGUACGGCUGGCCGAGCAGAUGCUGGCCAAUCCACCCAAUUUGUUACUUGAGCUGCCCCCCGCACCCAAGCGUAAGGGAAAGAAACAGAAUGUGAAUCCCAUAUCACAUCAAUUGACCGUGGUGGCAUCAUCCACUCUCUCCAAGUGCGCAUUCCUUUGCACUGUGCUCUCCGAGAAUUCCGAACAUUAUCACAUUGGCUUCAGGAUUUGUCUAUUUGCAUUGGAAAUGCCGCGUCCACCGGCAAGCACAAAGCCGCUGGAAGUUAAACUGGCCAAUCAGGAGGCGGAUAUUUUGGCUCUGCUAAAGCGUCUGCCCUUAUGUGCUGCUGAGUUGCAAGUAAUACGGGAGAGGGCCGAACAGCUGCGCAGUGGGACAUUCAAGACACGCGGCGAGGCAUUGUUGCCCAUUAAUCUGGCUACGUUCAUCUUUGAUGCAUUGGUCACACUCAGUCCAGGACACACCAACGGCACGGUAUCGAGUUCAAGUUCAGCCUCUGGCUCCGGCUCCGGCUCUGGUUCCGGUUCGGGCUCGGGUGGCUCUAGCUCUAGCAAGACUUUGAUUAUUGUUUCGUCGGGAUCUCGAGGUCUUUUGAAUGUCUAUAAGCAGCACAGCGAUGAGAAUUUGGGCUUUGAAGCUGCUGUCGCAGCCCUCGGACUGAAGGCGAACGUAUCAGAGGCAGAGCAUCCGUUACUCUGUGAGGGUACUCGGCGUCAGCGUGGAGAUUUGGCCCUGACAUUGCUAUACCAUUACAAGGACGAGCCGCGCAAGAUAGCAAAGAUCAUGGAAAAGCUAUUAGAUCGGGAUAUACAUACUCUAUUGAAGUCGCCUCUGCUGCCGGCAUAUUACUCAAGUAAUCCGCCAGUGCGAACACCAAGCAAUCAGCCCACACGCAGGGAUCAUGAUCACGAAUACGGCUGCGGUAGCAGCGGAGGAGGCAACGGCGGCAAUGGAUGUGGCGGUGGGGCCGGUCCUGGUCCUUCGAAUCUCUGUGAAUUGCUACCAGCGGACUAUGGCAGUGUCGGUGGCAAUAGUCGCCCACAUAGCUCGACGAGUGCUGAAUUGGAAUUGAGCAUGUGUGCCCUUAGCAUGGCUAGUAAUAGUCAGUCUGCCUCGCAGGCGGCCAUGUGCCAACAACAACAACAACAACAGCAACAACAACCGGGUACGUCAUCAGCAACAACAACCACUGCCAGCGCCACAAGUGGCACAAGCACCAGCACCACAACCACCACCAGCAGCAGCGGCGGAGGCGGCGGCAGUCGCAGCAAAGAGAGUCGCUACAAGGGCAAACGUGCCUAUCCAUCGAUACCGAAUCAACCAUCGGAGGCCAGUGCUCAUUUCAUGUUCGAACUGGCCAAGAAUGUGCUGACCAAGGCCGGUGGCAAUAGCUCCACAUCGCUGUUCACCCAGGCGAGCACAAGUCAGAAUCAUCAUGGUCCGCAUCGUGCGCUCCACAUGUGUGCUUUCCAGUUGGGCCUAUAUGCUCUGGGAUUGCACAAUUGCGUUAGCCCCAAUUGGCUAUCACGCACUUACUCGUCGCAUGUCUCUUGGAUUUUGGGUCAGGCCAUGGAGAUUGGAGCGCCAGCAAUUAGUUUUCUAAUCGACACCUGGGAAGCCCAUCUGACACCGCCGGAAGCGGCCGGCAUGGCGGAUCGUGCCUCUCGUGGCUGGGACUCGAAUAUGGUAUAUCCAGCUGCGGAAUUGGCCCUCUCGGUGUUACCUCAUGCAGCUGCCCUAAAUCCCAAUGAGAUUCAGCGUGCCAUACUGCAGUGCAAGGAGCAGAGUGAUCUGAUGUUGGAGCGUGCCUGUCUCACCGUGGAAACGGCAGCCAAAGGCGGCGGUGUCUAUCCCGAAGUACUCUUCCAGGUGGCCCACUAUUGGUAUGAGUUGUACAUGCGAAAUGCCCCCAAUAAUUCUGAGCACGAUCAGCACGAGGACUCGAUGGAUCAUUCCGCUGUCAGUCUGAGCGCUUUGAUUGAGUCGCAGCAGCAGCAUGAAAUGCAACAGCAGCAGGAGCAAUCGCUGGGCAUGCCGCAGAAUCCGGGUGGCGGACCGGGACCGGGUCAGGGACCUGGAAUGCCACCGCCGUCUGUGGUCACAUCGGCACCACAACCGGGCGGUUUUCAACCGGGUGUUGGUGUGGGCGUGGCCGCAUUAGCGCCCCUUGGCCUGGCCCCCUAUGCCCCGUAUAGUUUUUGCCAGGGCAUUUAUGCUCAUCACCACAAUCUGAGUUAUCCGCAACCUGGUCAAAUGCAAAUGUACAUUUCGGCGGGGCCUCCCCCGCCGCCGCCACAAGCCUAUGCAGGCUAUCCGCAGCAAGCACCACCAGUCCCGCCACAGCAACAACAGCAGCCACAGAUGGCACCGCAGCAGCCUGGACUAGCCCCGCCACCGCAGGGCCAUCCGCCGCCACCGGCAUUCCAGGCGCCGCCACCCAAUGCUUUUCAAGCCCUUCCACCGCAAGCUUAUCAGGCCUUACAGGCAGCUGGACCACCCGGCCCGCCCAUGGGUCCACCAGGUGGCUACUAUGGACCACCUCCGCCGCCGGUGCCGCCAAAUGGGCCACCAGUGGGUGUCGGAGUCGGUGUCGGCGUCGGCGUUGGUGUCCCAUUACGUCAACAUCAACAUCAGCAUCAGCAUCCCGUUUAUCCGUUCAUGCAGCAAGCACCACCGCCUCAGCCACAACAGCAGCAGCCGCCGCCAUCGCAGCCUGUGCGUCAACGUCAGCCGCCACAUCAAUUCACACCCACUCAAUUGCGCUAUCUGCUAGCCGCCUACAAUGUGGGCAUGUUGGCCAUGGAGACUUUGGCCCGUCGCGUUCACGACGAUCGUCCACAGGCGAAAUAUGCACGUAAUCCGCCCUACGGUGAGGACGUGAAAUGGUUACUACGCAUCAGCAAGAAACUGGGCACACAGUAUCUACAUCAGUUCUGUAUAUGCGCGGUUAAUUCGAUUGUCAGUCCGUUUGUCCUGCAUGACGUGGCCAUUGAGUCGGCCCAUUAUCUGGGCAGAAACAACCAUCAACUGGUUAUGCAGCAUUUGCGAUCGGCGUUGACGCCAUUGGUUCAAAAGUGCCAACAAAUGUACAUCCAGUGCAUCCAUCAGAAGUUGUACCACUUAACACAGGGCGAUUAUGAAGAGUUUGCUAGCAUUGUGGUUGCUGCACGUGCAGCCUUUCAGAUCACACCCGAGGGCAGUGCCCAGUUCAAGGAUUGGCUUCAAUCCAUCAAACGAAUCGGAUCAUGUCUUUAUGUGAUUAGUGUCCAUAAAUAUACUCCAACUGUCCUACGGAAUACAGCCAAUAGAAUUCUAUUUUUGGCACCUCAAAAUUUUUAUAUACUCAAAGAAAACCUAUUGGACAUAUUUGAUGAUGAUGAUUAUUAGUAGCCAGCAGCAAGCAAGAAUAACAGCAAGAACAAUAGCAAGACAACAUACGAACAAACCAACAAACAAAACAAGAGGAAAGACACGAAUCGAAAAGGGAGAAAACAAUAAGCAAAAGCAAAAGCAAAACAAGUAACCAGAUGACAGCCAACAUGAAGCAAAUUAAUAUUUUGAUACACCAUUUAUCUA